GUAAGCUGGACUUCUCCUGUAGAUGUUUGCAACUUCAAGUUGGUUUCGCACCCUUGAAGCGAACGGUCCAAGACUCUUGGGGUGGAAAGUUUGAAUUUUUUUUUUGUCAAAUCCACUGCCUGACUUCAAUAAGCCACGUAAACCUGAAAACGAGGUCGCCGGACAUCUCGUAACUAUCCCCUUUUCAUCAUGCCUUCAGCCCGCGACGCCGCGUCCGAGGUCCCGGACAUGAACCUCUAUAAACUGAGUCGAGUUCACAGCACACUUGAAGGUUUGAAAAACAAGCCAGAAUGGACAGCGGAUGACACAAAAUCUUUUGACUGCAUGCACUACCUGGGCGAUGCAGCAAUUGAUAACGCUGCCAAAGAGCUGGGACUCAAAGCCGGCGAGAGGGUCCUCGAUAUCGGGUCCGGCUUCGGUGGAACAGGCAGAUAUCUUUAUCGACAUUACGGUGUUGCAACUACCGGGAUUGAAUUGCAAAAGGACAUUCACGAGAUUGCGCAAACUAUCAACAAGAGAUCCGGAGCCGGUGACAGGGCAAUAUCAUUCAACGGCAACUUCCUUGAGCUUGACCCCAGCCUCAUGGGUGCACCAGUAAACCAUAUCGUCUCUUUCCUCUGCGUCCUGCACAUUCCAGAGCGAGUGGUCCUUUUCAAGAAAGCUUACGAUGUCCUGGAGCCGGGCGGGAAGUUAUACAUUGAAGAUUUCUUUGCGCGGGCGCCUCUCGAUCGCAACAAUCUUGAGACUCUCAGAGGUUCGGUCUCAUGUCCCUAUUUGCCGGACAAGAGCCACUAUAUGCAAGAGCUUGAGGCAGCCGGCUUUGAGAUUACCAACUGGGUGGACAUGUCAACCACCUGGACCGAGUUUGUUCAUCGUCGUGCUGGAGAAUACAAAAAGGAUCCUUCUCUAGAUGCUGAUCUGACAGCAUUCUACGAUGCUGUAGAUGCAGUCUUUGCAGGAGGCCAGGUCGGCGGAGCUAGGGUCACCUGUCAAAAGAAAUGAGUGUACAUUGAGUCAUGUUUUUCAAUCAAGCUAUUGCUUUUAGAGGAUUAUGGGCCCAGGGUCUACUCUAGUAGGAUAACUUCAUUGUUCAUAGAUGUUAUCUAACGACGGUGUUUCAUGCCAAAAGCUAAAGUUAAAAGCUACCACAAGUUUAAUACUGC